AUGCCAGGGAAGCUGUGUCUAUGCCGUUGCAUGGGAGCAUUUCGUUCGUUUGCCGAACGGUACCGUGAGCGACUUCGUGACUUGCGUGGAAGCACAGGAUGCAGCUGGCGCUGCUGGUGUGGCAUUGCGCAGAUGGCUGCGGGAUGGAAGUCGCUUCCCGGCAGAGCAGUUUGCGGACGCUGCUGA